AUGAUGCAGCUUUCGAGUCUAGCGCUGGCAACGGCCACAGCCUUGCUCUUCCCUCUCGCCAGCGCCGCACCGACGGACGCCAGAACGACAGAUGGCAUCUCCAGCUGCGGCUCAGCGUGGAUGCCCAGAGACGAUGUCACGAUUGGACGGGGCACCGACAAGCGAAGGGGCUUCUCUUCUGCCGUGCAGGCCUUUUGCUCUGCUGCUGAUGGGAGGGUCGUCAAGCCCAACGGCUACCUUUCCCUCUCCACCGAGGUCUUUCUGAAUGGCGGCAAGAAUCCUUCCGAAUACGGCAUUCAGGGUUUUGUCAACUUCGAGGUGCACAACAAGAUCAAGUCGGGCCAUACCAUCUCCAAGAAUGACUGCGUUCGAUAUCUCAACGCGCUCAGCGCAGACGGCGGCAAGUGCUCCGGCGCCACCAACAAGGACACCAAGGGCGGCACCUGGCAGGUCGGCUCCGACGGCAUCUCCUACCACGCGCUCGGCUACGAGACGCCGCCCAAGCAGGACGCCGUCAACGAAAUCUUCGAGGGAUCAGCCAUCACCGCCCAGAGCGCCAACAAGGGCGCCGGCCCCCCCUUGAGCCCGUGGCCGCUGGCCUCCCUCGACAACGUCCAGCCCGUCGCCUGCCACUCCCACAACGACUACGACCGCGACGUGCCCGUCUUCUCCGCGCUCAGCGCCGGCUGCAUUGCCGUCGAGGCCGACGUCUUCCUCUCCGGCGGCGACGUCAUCAUCGGACACGUCCUGCCCACCCCCGGCCGCACCUUGCGCCUGCAGUACACCGAGCCCCUGCGCGCCAUCCUCGACCACAACAACGGCGGCGCGCCGGGAGGAGAUAAGGGGAUCUUCGCGGCGCACCCGGAGCAGAGGUUUGUGCUGAUGGUGGACUUUAAGACGUCGGACGCGGGCACGCUGGACGCGGUGGCGGCGGCGCUACAGCCACUGCGCGACGGCGGCUACCUGAGCAGCGUGGAGGGCGGGAGGUUUGUGCAGCGCGCGGUGACGGUGGUGGCGAGCGGCGCCGCGCCGUUUGACAGGAUCAGCGCGGGGGAGGGCGUGCCGGGGCGGGACGUCUUCUAUGAUGCCCAGGUGGAUGAUCUGGAGACCAAGUAUAAUGCGAGCAACUCGUACUACGCGUCGGCGGACUUUCAGAGCGCGAUCGGGAAGCCGGGGAGCGUGGAGGCGUUUUCGGAUGCGCAGAGGGCAAAGGUGAAGGCGCAGGUGGACGCGGCGCACGCGGCCGGACUCAAGGUCCGCUACUGGAACCUGCCGGGAGAGUACAUGUGGGAGCCCCUGGCGGCUCUCGGCGUCGACUACCUGAAUGCCGACGACAUGUCCAACACGGCACGGCUCAAGCGCAUCCAGUGA